UAAAAUAAUCGAAAAUCGCCCUAAUUUUUUUAUUUCAACACAUUCAUCACCCACCCCUUUGUUCGAAUCUCGACGGCGGAAACAAAGUGGAAGCUUUUAUCUAAACCCUAUCUCCGGCGAAACAGAUGACCGACUUCGAAGAUCACGCGGGAAACGGCGCGGCUGUUGAUGGCGGCGAAAUCGAGAAUCAAUUAGAAUCGAAAUCUCAGGAAGAAAGGCGUGACAAUGAAAGGGAGUGUUCGAGAAGUAAAGAUAGAGAAAGAGAGAAGAGCCGUGAUAAGGACUCCGAUCGUCGAAGCAGAGACAGAGAUGUUGAUCACAAAAGCAAGGAGAGGAGUAGAGACAGAGAUGGUGGUCAUCACCGAAGUAGUCGUCACAGGGAUCGUAGCAGGGACCGUAGUGAUAGAAGAGAUGAUGAUGAUGAUGAUGACCACCGUAGAAGCCGUGACCGUGACUAUGAUAGGCGUAGAGAUGAUAGACGUCGCCGUAGGUCUCGUUCUCGUUCCAAGGAUAGAUCUCGUCAUCGCAGAUCUCGAUCUCCAUCAAAACCGAAGCGGGUGAGUGGAUUCGACAUGGCACCUCCAGCCUCUGCUAUGUUAGCUGCUGGUGCUGCUACUCCUGUUACAGCCCAAGUUCCUCCCGCACCACCAACUAUUGGAAUGUUUCCCAACAUAAUGUCCUUACCAAAUGGACAGGCGUUUGGGGGACUCCCUAUGAUGCCAAUCCAGGCUAUGACACAGCAGGCGACUAGGCAUGCUCGCAGAGUCUAUGUUGGUGGCCUUUCCCCUCAAGCCAAUGAACAGUCAGUGGCUACUUUUUUUAGUCAAGUUAUGGCUGCUGUUGGUGGGAACACUGCUGGUCCAGGUGAUGCUGUUGUUAAUGUUUACAUCAACCAUGAGAAGAAGUUUGCUUUUGUGGAGAUGCGUUCUGUUGAAGAGGCUAGUAACGCAAUGUCUUUGGACGGGAUUAUCUUUGAGGGAGCUCCAGUGAAGGUGAGAAGGCCUAGUGACUAUAACCCAUCUCUAGCUGCAUCACUUGGUCCAAGCCAUCCCAGUCCCCAUCUAAACUUAGCUGCUGUUGGUCUGACUCCAGGUGCUUCCGGUGGGCUCGAGGGUCCAGACCGUAUUUUCGUCGGCGGGCUUCCGUACUACUUCACCGAGUUGCAAGUCAGGGAGCUGCUUGAGAGCUUUGGAGCCCUCAAGGGCUUUGAUCUCGUGAAAGACAGAGAGACUGGCAACUCUAAAGGAUACGCUUUCUGUGUCUACCAAGAAGUCGCCGUUACAGACAUUGCGUGCGCUGCCCUAAACGGCAUCAAAAUGGGAGAUAAGACACUUACCGUGAGACGUGCCAACCAGGGAGCAAUGCAGCCGAAACCUGAACAAGAGAGUGUAUUGAUGCAUGCUCAACAGCAGAUUGCUUUUCAGGUGAAUAUGUUACAGCCAGGCCCAGUGGCAACAACGGUUGUGUGUUUGACUCAAGUUGUUAAUGAGGAUGAGCUUAGAGACGACGAGGAGUUUGAAGAUAUCAUGGAAGACAUGAGACAAGAAGGCGGAAAGUUUGGUGCUUUGACCAGCGUUGUGAUUCCGCGUCCCAGCCCCAGCGGUGAGCCAGUUGCAGGCCUUGGCAAGGUGUUCUUGAAGUAUGGUGAUACGGAUGGAUCGUCGAGGGCAAGAAGCGGGAUGAAUGGUAGGAAGUUUGGAGGUAACCAAGUGGUUGCUGUGUUCUACCCUGAAGACAAGUUUGAACAGGGAGACUACGGAGCCUGAGCCAUAUCUCUGUUUCUUUGCUUUUCAAGACCUUGUAAAAGUUUUUUUUUUUUUUUUUUGCUUCAGUUAAGGGUAAGGGACCCUUUUGCAUGUGAUUUUAAGACCAAGAGGUGACUUUAAUAAAUUUUAUUUAUAGUUGACAA